AUGGCUGCACACGGAAGCAUAUCGCAGGUCCGGCUACACUGUGGUCGGGCAAGAGGCACUUCUGUUCAACCCCGAGGGUAUCGGCUGUGGAAACCAUUUCGCAAGCUAAGGGUGCUGGCCUGGUUUGAUAUGAAGCUUAUCGAUCAUCGAUAUGAUGCCCUUGUUGUUGGAGCACGUCUCAUGGCCGACGUCGGCCUUGCACAAAGCGGUUUGGAGACAGCAGGCAUAUCGAAAUUGCAAUAUAUCCGUAAGGAAGCACCUCAGGUCGUUGUUGAGUUGGAGAGAUACGGAAUGCCCUUUUCGCGCACCGCAGAGGACAAGCUUUAUCAGGCGAGAAGUUUGCAGCGACCUAUUCGAAAGCAGUUCUUGAAAUAUAGCAAGGGUGGACAGGCCAUGCAAUGCUUCAUACUUUAUGUGGACAGGCCUUGA